AAGAGAUACCGAAGACGAGAGAUGUAGCGGUAGCGGUCCAAACGUGGCGGCGCAGUUCUAGCCCGAGCGCCAUGUGGAAAGCAACUGGGGUCAUCUUCGGUUACAUCGCGUUGUUGUCCGUAGUUAUUCCCUUUGCCUGUUGUGACCUUAGUCACGUUCCGGGGGAUGCUGCAGAGCUCGAUUACAGUUCCAUGCCGAAACUGCAUCAGUACGACGACUAUGGCAGAUGUUUGAAGCAAGGAAGUACUUAUUGCAUGGUCCGGAGCCUAGUGAAGCCUCGUUUCUCCAGCGGAUUAUGGCAGCAAAUUCAGAAUUUUAGUGAGGACGUACGCCACUAUCGGCACAACCUGUUGGAUCGUGGAAUUUGCAUCGACGAGUGUUUGCGAUUGAUCGGUGGGCUAAGCAAAAGCCAGCGCGAUGAACUGCGCGUGGAAUCGUUUCAAGUGGAUUUCAACUACCGAUUCAAAAGGAAAUAUUUCCCCCACCGACCGGAACAUGAGCGGCUAUAUGGAGAUGCCAUCACUUUGUGCAUCAACCAAAAACUGAAAUCAUCGUACGACUUGAAAGCGUACUCCGACAUCGAGUACUGCCAGGAAAGCGGUUCCGGCUACGGUACUCUAAAUAUUUACGAUGGACUUUGCAUCGCGCUCAUCUGUUUUGUGUUCGGGAUGGCAAUCCUGAGUACCUUCUUCGAUUACUACCUUCGAAGUCAAUCAGAUCUGCCGGACCACUUUGGCGUGCUUCCACAAAUGAUGGAAAAUCGAUUCGCCACCAUAUGCAGCAUCCCUCGCAACUUCAAAACGCUGUCGUGCCCUCCGAGGUCGCCACUCAGCCAGGACUUCAUGUUCCUGGAAGGACUUCGCUUCAUUACGAUGGUAACCAUCGUCCAUUUGCAUACGACGGUCAUGCUGAUGAACGUACCGAGCGAACAUCCCGAGCUAUUUGAGGAGACCCUUCACAAUCCAGUGAUGGCAUCGCUCUCACUUUUCACUCCCAAUCUGGUUCAAUCCUUCUUCACCAUCGGAGGCAUCCUGUUGGCAGUAAAUUUACUGGAUUCAAUGAGCAAGCAAUCCAGCUUUCGAUGGUCGCUUCUAUGGGAAAAAGUGACAAAUCGAUUAAAACGAAUUCUUCCCCUGUACCUGUUCAUUAUUAUGGUUACUGCUACCAUCUUCCGGCACCUACGCAUAGGACCGCUGUACGAUAGGAUAAUAGCCGUGGAGUCCAAAAACUGCCAAGAAAAUUGGUGGGUAAAUCUCCUGUUCCUGAACAACUACCUGAAAUCAAAUGAAACGUGCGUGCAGCCAAGUUGGUAUCUCAGCGCGGAUUUCCAGUUUUACCUCAUUGGAAUGAUUGCACUGAUGACCAUUCAGAGAUAUCCGCGUUCUGCCAAGUACUGGAUUGUUUCCAUGGUGUCGCUCAGCUUGCUCGGUCCAGGUUUGGCGAUGUGGAUCGAGGCACUACCACCACUAAUGGCCACCGGGACGAGGCCUGUCCUACUAUUGUUCACCGAUGACGAAUGGUUUGCUCGACUGUACAAGCCGUUUCACACCAGCAGUGCUGGGUAUUUCUACGGGGUGCUAGCUGGAAUGAUGUAUCACCGGGUGAAAUCGGCUGGGGAUGAGUUCGUCAACUGGAAGGUUUUCAAGGCUGUCAAAAUCCUAUCACUCAUGGUAGUCGUGAUUUGCUACGCUCCAGCAUACCUGAUUUACGACACCAAUUGGGCAUCGUAUUCCUGGAUGCCAUUCUAUGGGUCCAUCGCCAAGAAUUGUUGGGGAUUUCUGUGUGCUGUGACUUUCAUUGAGUUGGCCUUCAGCAAGCAAAAUCGCCUUAGAUCCCUGCUGGAGCACCGAUCUCUACUGCCCUUGGGCAAGCUGACGUACAGCGUUUAUCACAGUCACUAUCUGAUACUGAUGGCAAUUUCGAGCUCGAUACGUGCACCGCUAGCUAAUGACGUGUUUACACCGAUUGUAUUCACGGGGCUUGCUCUGAUAUUAUCAUAUGGAUUCGGACUGGUGGUCUUUCUGUUCGUGGAGCAACCGGCGGCAAAUUUGCUCACCGGUAAGAAUGACUAUAUUGACUUCAUCGGUGAACAGGUGAUGCAAGGUGCGCGGAGAAAAAUGAAGAAGAAAAUGGACUCCAUCAUGAAGAAAUUGGCGGACGAGAAAUCUGCCAGGAUUGAACUAAGCAAUCAAUUGGACAGGGCAAACGAGACAAUAAUGACUCUACAGGCGAGCUUGGCAACACCUCGUAGCGGAAGUGUGGACAGUGGUGAAUUCUCAGGAAAUGCGGGCCCUUCCAGUACUCAGCACCAGGUCAAUGAGACUGCAGUUGAAAUGUCACGGUUCAUGUCUUCGAUGAACCAAAUGUCCAUUACCUCUAUCAACGUGCCGGAGUGCAAGUCAGUCGUAGCAGGUGAGCCGGUUGGACGUCGUGAUUAUGAGUCGUGGAUCGAUCUUUUGACAGCUUCACUGAAACUGGCGGGUGUAGAGGACGAGCGUACAAGGUUCAUCGUCUUCAAGGUUAAGGCAGGACCGGUGCUCUUGGAAAUUUUCAAGAAUACGAAGUCGACUCCAGAGGCUCCAGAUGAAGAAACUUGUCCGUUGUCAAACGCCAUGUUCCGAUUAAAGACUUAUUUUGGAUCUGCUUCGGACAUUAUGCUCCAACGCCAAUUCGGAAUGUUUCGGUGCGUCAGGUUACCAUUUGGGCUAUGUAACGCACCGGACAUUUUCCAAGAGGUGCUACAGAGGAAAAUCCUUGUAGGCUGUAAAGGCGUGAAGAAUUAUUUGGACGAUAUUCUCAUUUUCGCAAGAACCCAAGAAGAGCAUGACGAAAACCUAGAUGCAGUGUUGACCUGCCUACGGGAACACAACGUGAAAAUUAAUGCUUCCAAGUGCACCUUCAAGAGUCAAUCCGUAAAGUUCUUAGGAUUCCGGCUCACUUCGGAUGGGUGGCAAAUCGAGGAAGAGAAAAUAAGUGCCAUAAGAGACUUCAGGAGACCGGACACGAUAGCGGAGGUAAAGAUCUUUUUGGGCCUGGUGACAUUCGUUGAUAAGUUUGUGCCACAUCGAGCCAAUAAAACUGAAAAAUUACGGGCGUUAGCACAAGCAGAUACCUUCUACUGGUCAGCUGAAGAAGAACACGAGUUUCGGGCGUUCAAGGACGAUGCUCUGAAGAUGAUUAAAACACUCGGAUACUUCAAUACUUCGGACAGAACAGAACUAUUUGUCGAUGCAUCGGCUAUCGGCCUCGGAGCUGUCUUAGUGCAGUUCAACGACCACAAAAUACCAAGAAUCAUCGCAUGUGCCUCAAAAGCUCUAACGGCAGUUGAACAGAGAUAUCCCCAAACACACCGAGAGGCAUUGGCUGUGGUAUGGGGAGUGGAACGUUUUGCAUACUAUUUGUCCAGCAGAUCAUUCAUAAUCCGAACUGAUGCCGAAGCCAAUCAAUUUAUUUUUGGUGGGAAACAUCGGAUCGGCAAACGUGCGGUUUCACGAGCAGAAGCGUGGGCGCUACGACUGCAGCCUUUUGAUUUUACAAUUGAGCGUGUUCCAGGCGAACAUAACGUUGCAGAUGUUUUAUCAAGGUUGAUAAAGAUGUCUCAAGAUGCCGAGCCCUUUGAAGACAGCUCAGAAGACCACGUGUUGUUUACUUUGGAUACAGGAAAUAUGGACAUCUCUCUUGGAGAAAUCGAAGUGACAGCUGAAUUGGACGAAGAGUUGAGUCAUCUUCGCAAGGCAUUAAAUCUGUGGACAGAUUCUCGUUCAAAGGAGUUAGACAGGGAGAAUGUAAGAGAGGUGGAUGCAGAAGCAAAAUUGUACAGCAAACAUUAUGCAGACGAGGUACGAGGUGCGAAAGAAUGUAAUAUCAAGGUUGGUGACAUUGUGUUAAUGAGCCAGCAAAGAAAAUGCAAAAGCGAUCCAAUGUUUUCUUCGGAACGCUUCACUGUAGUGGCUAGAACCGGAGCAAAGGUUGUAAUUAUGAGUAACAAUGGGGUACAGUACGCUAGAAAUGUGCAGGAUGUGAAACUGGCCCCACCUGCAAAGGAGGUAAACGUUAAAAGUAACAUCAUAGAUCAAGACGACAUUCAUCAACACACAGAUUGCAGCGGAAUGGUAACAAUUUCAGAAGAAGACUCGGCGAAUUUCCAGAAACGCAUUAUUCGACUAAUAAUAUCCGCAUUCAUGGAUGGCAAAGUGGUUCUUCUGGCACUGGUGAUAGUGCAGUGCCUGCCAACAACGAUCCGGGCCUUCGGGAUAGUGGAUUAUAACAUGACCGAAUAUUGGCAAAUGCCGGCGCUGUUCCAGUACGAAAACUUCGAAAGUUGUCUAAGGUCGAAACCGGACGGAGUGUUCUGCAUAGUGAAGAGCGUUGUGAAGUCUGACGAUCGAUCGGAGAUUUGGAGGGCUGUUAAAAAAUAUUCAAAAUAUCCCUACCAGUAUCACCACGAGGUGCUAACGCGGGGAAUAUGCCUGAAGCAGUGUGAAGAACUGGUGAACGAAUUCGGUGAACAGCAGCGGGCGCGAUUGCUGCAGUCGAAGUUCAGCGUUGAUUUCCGGUACAUUAUCAACGACUGGUUGCUUCCGAACAUCAGCCACUACCGACAGCAGUACGGUUCUCUAGUCAACAUCUGCCUGAACUAUCGGUUCCAAUCUACGCACAAUAUAACCGUUUUUUCAGAAAUCGAGCAUUGCAUAACUAAUGCAACUACCGAUCGGCCAUCAGAUUUUUGGGACAUCCUCUUCUAUGCGACCAUCGCCUUGCUGCUUACACUCGUCUUAGGAUCUUCAAUCUACGAUUAUAAACUGACCAAAGAAGAUGAUCAGAAUUGCUAUCGAAAACCGUUCAGGAACAAGCUUUCCACCCUGUUGACAGCGUUCUCGCUGAGGAGAAAUAUCAACCGGCUCACGAUCAAACUAAAGACCAACCAAAUACUGCAAGACCUACGGUUUCUGGAUGCGAUCCGGGUGUGGAUAAUGACUCUGAUCACAAUCAGUCACGUUGUGAUAGGAUUGGCCAUGACGACAACCCAAAGCCCGGAAGUGAUGGAAAAGUUUCUCUCGGUCCCGGGUGUGCAGAUGUUUUUCGCUGUGGUGCCCUUCCAGGUGGACUUUUUCUUUGCCAUCAGUGGCCUUUUGCUGUCGCUGCAGUUUACCAAAUACACUCAAACCAGGCGCUUCAGUUGGAAACCCUUUUGGAUGGGAUUGGUCAAUCGGUAUCUUCGGUCACUGCCGGUGUAUGCCGUGCUAAUGCUCUUUACGGUUUCGGUGUACGAUCGGCUACCGGUCAGCCCCUCGGCCUACCGGAUACUACCAACGGUGCGACGAAUCUGCCGGGACAAGUGGUGGACUAACUUUCUGUUUAUCAACAAUUACUACCGGCCGGAAGAACAGUGCUUGAUUCAUACGUGGUAUCUGGCAGCGGAUUUCCAGCUGUUCGUCGUCGGGUUUGCCUUGCUCAUGGUACUGUGGAAGUUUCAGAACAUCGAGCGGCCGAUGGCCCUGGUGCUUUUGGCGGUGGGUACCGUGCUGCCGAUGCUGAAUAUCUAUUACCACUCGAUGGAUGCGAUGAUGCUGCUGACGAAUAAGGGAAAUGCAUUCCAACUGUGGUAUGACAAAUGGUUUACCCAGACCUACCAGGCUACGGAGUCCCACUGUAUCAGCUACUUCGGGGGAAUUCUGGUUGGCAUAAUCUACCAUAAGAUGCAAAAUGAUGACCUGUAUCUAGCGAAAUCUAAGCUCUACAAAACGCUCCAGUACACCGUCUUUCCGUUGGUUGUGCUCUUCAGCGUACCGGCGCCGUUGUUCCAUCACUACGAUUUUGAAAAACCCUCGGUGUGGAUGGCCAUCUAUGCCGGGCUGCAUCGGCUCGUGGUGGCAUCCUUCCUAAACGUUGGCUUUCUGGUGCUGAUGUUCGCCGACAGGGAUUCCUUUUUCGGUCGGCUGAAAGCGUCCAAAAUGCUGGAGAAUGCCUACUACCGGGUGCUGGGAAGGCUUAGCUUCGGAUUCUAUCUGAUUCACAUGAACGUGCUCAAGACGGUGUACGCCAGCUACAACGAGGGGCUGCGAGGAUCGCUGUUGGUGGUGAUAAACGUAUUCUGCUCGGUGACGAUGCUGACAUACGCGCUAGCGACCUGCGCUUACCUCUUUGUGGAGAAGCCCUGUGAUAUUAUGUUUAAACAGCUACUUGGAGGUGAUCAGCAAGCACGGCAAGAGACAGGAGCAACGGCAGCAGCACCUGCAUUGGAAAACAACCCCAACGAAGUGAUGAAAGGUGAACUCAAGCGACGAACCUCCGUAGCGUCAAACGUGUAAAUGAGGCAUCGAUGAGUGAUGACAGCUGGCAAGUAAAAGUACAUUAGCUUUAAUGAUAAGGAAACUUUAAUCAAACCAUUAAGUGCAAUACAUAGUCUGCUAUUGGAGUGAAUGACCGUAAUCCGGUUAAAACCCUUAACCAAAAAAAAAAAAGAAACAAGUCUGCUAUUGGAUAAACCUUUAUAGUGAAUACUUCAAGUUAUGAUUUGACAUUUAUUCGAGAACGUCUAGAUAGAUUGCUAGCAGUUUCAUCCAGGAAUUACCAAACAAUUCGUCCAGCACGAUGACGCAGCCCUAGUAUCGGUUCAAUCAUAUUCGUAACAGUAAACCUCUGUCGUUAGAAUCAAUUUCAGCAACGUUCUGGAAGAAGUUAACCAAGUAAGAUAAAAUAUGUGAUAAAGAAAGUACACACUCAGAAAUAACUAAUAUUACAAGUGACGGAAUCCAUCUGUGUCAUAAAAAAACAUGUCAUGUAAUAUCAAGUGCUCCGAGACUGAAAAGUUUCUUUGCUCGACGAAAAGUACGUUUGAUUAAGUUAUAUUUCACGUCUGUUAUGACUCAACUUUAUGUCAAAAUUGACGCUCGUAUGUGUCACUCUCAGAGCCCCUAAAUUUAUAUGAGUUUUGCUAAGUGUGUAGUUUCUAUACAAGCGUGUUUACAAACGUUAUUAAAAUCUUUAUAGGCAUUAUUAUUUGGUAGAUUUUCCCAAAGUAGAACACAACAAAAACUACUGUUGAUGUGCAUCGGAUUUGAGGUGCUUACUUAAUCGAAUAACCAUUUCGCACUAGUUCUGCUUUGAUGCCAGUUUUAUUUUAGAUUCAUUAAACAAUACAUGCGUACAUAAUUAUGCUUGUUUUACUCUUAGAGAAAUCCCUUAUAUAAAUAAUUGCCAAAUAAUUUGCUUUCCAACCGAUUAACAUGCUCUACUCCAAGAUCUAUAUAAUGUAAAGCGGGUGCAAAUUGAUCAAAAUUUUCAGUAAUAUGCAUUGGCGUUACUAAGGGAAAUCCCUAGAGAGGCUAUAUUUACUUUUCAAACUUCUCAAUAAAUCAAAAAGCGAUCAAUUUUAAUGUUUAAGGAAAAUAAGUAACUGUAGUAUCAAUUAUAGAGGCAGCUGCAAUAAUCUUAGGGGGGACUCGUAGUUAUGCCAAUGG